CAGUAGUCCAUAUUUUCGGCCGGGACAGUAACACGGCCAGCAGUGAAAGUGAGAAAUAACUCCGUAAACUGGGAUAAUUGUGAUCACUAGGACUGAUGAGCGAAUAUAAACACAUAUGAAGGGCAGCAGGAUGAAUGUGGAGACUCUCAGUAAAGCUGAACUUCUGAUGCUGCUCAGCAUUCUGGAAGGAGAACUGGAAGCGCAGGAUGUAGUCAUACACUCACUCAGGGCACAACAGAGAGAUUCAUUUGUUCAGGAGCGAUAUGGACAGUAUGACCUCCGUGACCCCUUCGUAGCGCUGCUGAGGGACAACGAGCUGUCGCAGGCUCAAGAUGAUGGAGGGCAGAGUCCCGUGUGUCUGAACCCGCUGGGCGUGUUGAAGCUAGUGAUGGCCCACUGCACCAAUAUGAAGGAGAAAAUGAUGAAACAGCUUGCCGCUGCAGAGAGGAGACAUCGACGGGUAAUAGCUGAUUUAGAAGAAGAGAAACAACGGCGAGCUCAAGACGCUGCUGCGGGUGAUGACAUCACUGCCAUGCUGGAGAGGGAACGAGACAGACUACUGCAACAGCUGGAGUUUGAGAAGGCUCAAGUCCAGAGUUUAGAACGUGAGAGGUCAGCUCUAUCAAAUCAAGCUGAGGAAGAUUUAGCACAGCAGCAGCAGUUAUCCUCGACACUGGCUAAAGAAUGUCAGAAGGCUACAGCACGGGCAGAGGAGGAGAGCCAGCGUGUUGCAGACCUCAGCCGCCAACUGGAACAGGAGAGCAGUACCAUCGAAAUCCUAAAGCGAGAGCUUGAAAGCGAACACGCUCGUGCUCAGCAGAUAGAGGCGAGAGCUGAGAAAAAGCUGGCUGAAUUUGAUACCGAGCACGAGCAGAUGAGAGGGAAACUACUGAAGGAAGAAAAACGAUAUCAAGAGCUUUUGGAGCAGUUCAAUAGUUUAAAGAAAGAGUUGGAUGAAAUGAAAGAAAGAGAAAAGGCAAGGCUGGAAAAGGAUAAUGAAGAAAAGGAAAAAUUCCCACAAAAAGCAACUUCAGGUAUCACGCCUCCUCUUAGUCAAACAGAAGUUGAUGGCAAACCUGUUGCAUCUAAAUCAUCUCCUCAACACAAACAAAAUGGUCAACACACUCCCAGAGAACCGGAGUCUCCAGCAGAAGAGAGGUGUAAGGAUGGGGGAUUGGUGGACAAUGGGAUAAUGCUCCUUGGAGGAAGUGGGGCCUUACAGUGUCUCUCCCCCAGCAGUCCUGCCUCAUCCUCUCUUAGCUCAUCUCCUUGCUCUUCCCCUGUAUUGACCAAGCGUCUGGCCUCUCUAGGUUGCUCUAGUCCGACCUAUCCCUCUUCUUACCAGGCCAGCAUCAACCAACGAUUCCAAGCAGCACGCCACAAGUUUCAGCAACAAGCUGAGGUAGACCAGCAACACGGAGGAACUGUUGUCCACUCGCCCCGAGACCUCUCUCCCACUGCCGCCACUCCUGCCACUCCUCCUCCAGACAAUUCUACUGCAAAGCAGAUUGCCCGAAACACUGUCACUCAGGUGCUGUCACGGUUCACAAGCCAACAAGCAGCAAGUAAACUCCCUCCGUCCAACAGCUCACCCUUUGGCACUGAUUACCGCAACCUGGCCGCUGCCUCCUCGCCCACAGGGAAGAGCCCAGGGAUUCUCUCACCAGGGAUCCGCUCACCAAUAAUUCCUAGGGCGGAGAAGAUUCAUCCACCUCCUGUUCCCCCCAAAAAGCAGGGGGUCAACCAGUCUCCUAACUCACCGGUUCCUUCUGGCAGGGCCAGCCACUUCCCCGAGCUCUCUGGGAGCUGUGGUCUCACCAGUGGUCAGGAAGAUGCUAAAGAGCUUGAUUUGGUCAUGUCGUCAUCUAGUUAACCAACCUAGAGUUCACAACUGAUCCUUAGCCUUAUUCACUCCAUUCCCUCCCGUGGCAUCUAAAGCACUCUCUGUGAACCUCAAGGUUUACUUCUUUUAUUAUUUUCACCCUGAUUGUCUAGUGUUGUAAUUGUCGAUUUUUAUCCUCAAGUACCCCGUUUUGGAUGUCAACUUUAUCUGACACAGUUUAGGCCUUGUAACCUCUACUAAUGAGCUGAUGUGUUAAAUAAGACAUCCAGAUUGUUCAGUUCUAUGAUACUCAAGGGGCCUCAUUUAUAAAGCGUGCGUACGCACAGAUUUGAGCUCAUAUUUAUAAAAACGGUCUUUGAUGUGGAUAAGUACUUAAAGCCACGUCAGGGUCUGAGCAGAUGUACACCAUUUUCAUUGUCAGAUUACUGCAGGUUUUUGGAAAUCUAAGCUAUUCUUGCAGCUCGCUAAGGAUUUGGACGAUGACUUGAUCUUUUAUAUGUAAAUGACAUUAAUUAGGUGUUGUUUACAAUGCGGGGAACUGAAACCAUUCAGCUGCAUGCAAGUUCAAGAUCAUUUGCGAUUUAUAGAUUUCACAUCUAAAAGAGAAGAGUACACUCGUUUUCUGUGUGUACGUUCAUUGUAUGAAUCACACGUAUGCACAUCUGAGAAAUGAUCGUAAGAUCAAAUUUAGGACGGUUUCUGCGCAACAUUUUAUAAAUGAGGCCCCAAGACUAAGAACCAUUGGUCUUGUGCAGGGGUAGCCAACCCUGAGACUGGAGAGCUACAAUUCCUGCAGAAUUUUGCUCUAACUUUAAUCCAUCACACCUAAACCAGCUUAGAAUUACUUGAAGAUUUAAAGUCAGGUUGUUUUGGAGCAGGGUUGGAACUGAACAUUUCAGGAAGGAAGCAAAAGGGUUGCUCUCUAGAAGUAGGGUUGGCUACCCCCGUCUAGUGUACCUUCCCCCAACCCAACAGUGUCCAACCUUGCUUUUGGAAGGUCCAGCACUAAUUAAACACAUAAAGCAGUUAAUUAAGGUCUUCAGGAUUGCGAGAAAGGUCCAGGUGGUUGUGUUGGAGCUGGUUUGAGGUGAACUCUGUACGAAGGUGGUCCUCCAGGAGCAGGAUUAAACUUUCCUGCUUUGAGCGCACAUCUGAGAGACCAGUCCAGUGUGGAUAGAGGUGAUGCCCCAUUGAAGACCUUUGGUAUCCCAGAACAAAUCUUAGUCUGAGCCUAACCCAUCCUAACUGUCAAUUUUUGAAUGGCAACUACACUCGCACAACUUAACCAACCUAUCAAAUACUGCUCCUAUAAGAUUCAAUCUAUUUAAAUGCUUUUUUAAAUCUUCUUUCUUUUAAUAUUUUAUUUUUUACAAGAAAGAUUUUUAUUUAUCCUAAUAAAUAAUGUUAUUUGUUAUUAGUCCAUUCCUGAUGACCUGCACAGAUAAGAAUGGAAGUAUAUAAAGUAAAAAUAUGUUAUGAAAUCAAGCAAAUGCAAUGCUGAUUAACCAAGUCUUCAACCAAUCUGUCAGUCUUGGGCUACUAAUGAGAAAAUUCUCAAUCUGUCUUGAUGUGUCUGGUGAAUGUGUGAUGUUUAUAUAUUAAGUUCAUGUUAAAAUGUAUAAACUGUUAGUUUUCUGUUGAGCAGUCAUAUGAUGUGCAGGUGCUGUUCUUGAGUCAACGUCGAAAUUAACUACUGGAGAUACUCUCUAAAGAACUGAUAUGAAGCGGUCAUGGAAAAACUCUGUCCUACUGUAUUGCACCAUGACUACAUCGUCCUCUAGUGUCAAUCUGAAGUGCUGCUCAGGAAGCUGCCGUCUAGUGGUGUUAAACAUCAGCCAAACCAGAAUACAUUCUCUAUAAAUGAGGGUUUAAAUGCUUGUCUAUAUGCCACACAUAUUCUCAGACAUUGUUAAAAUGAUUUUAAACAAUAUUUAGAAUCAAGUCAAAAUGUUCUAUGAAUGCAUUUCUGGAUCUAAUAACAUGCCUUGAUAUAUAUUACUCAAUCAUUGCUCUUAAUAUUAUGUUUAUACUGAACAGCCUUGUAUUUAAAAAUUGAAUCUUAACUGAAUACUUGGUAGAAACCAUAGCACCAGUUUACAUGAUUAACAACCAUGGAAAAAGCACAAACGAGUUAAUGUCAUCAUUUAAUGACUUUUUCUUACCUGUGUCCUCUUUUGGCCUUUAAAUUUUAUAUGAAAAUAGAAAUUAUUUUAUGUUUGUGUAUAAAUCUUGAUGCAUGAAGGUAUUGCUCACGUGAAUGCAGCAUACAGUCUUAACUUGCUUAUGAGAAAAGAAAGUAUGCUGGGUUUUUAUAAGUAAAUGUGAUGCAUGUAUCUGUCUUUUCCUACAUAGGUUUCAGCUGCUCUAUGGUCAUUUACUUUUCUGUUUUUAAAUACCUCACCAUUUCUCCUACUGUAUUGAAACCUUUUCAAAUAGCAGUUUAGAUUUUUUACUACUGGAAAGUUUUUUUUUUGCUUCCGAAACUGAACCGGAAAUUUUAUAUUUUUACCUGGGACUUGCAAAGACCAGUUUCUGAAUUUUUAGCUAUUUGUAUGAAAAUACAGUUUGUUAAAUUAGUUGCAUUUUUCCAGAUGAUUUUUACAGCUUGUUAGGUGUUGAGUGAAUUUAUGACUGUAUUUUUUCCCUUAGUUAAUAAAGGGUUUUUUGAAGUUUA